AUGCAAAUGCAGUAUGACAAAACUGGUGGUAAAACCCUAGGCAGAGCAGCAGCCGAGAAUAGGCACCUGCUGUGCAAAAGCCUACAGCUUGGAGACGCAAUCAUGAAGGCGUUUGAGGUCAAUGGGAACACUCUCUUUCUUGCUCUCUUCACUGAAGUCACCAACUCCAAGGAGCUGCUUGAUUCUAUGCAAUCUGGGACACUAGACCCCGAAGUCGCGUUCCUGAAUGCUUCACUGAUACCAGAUGUUUUUCCUUUGCUUGCAGCUGCACAUAAGACACUUGUAGCCAAGUCCCGAGAGUCGUUGACAACGCGCACUCUUCAUUCUGAGCUUGUUUACAAUUACUCAGGAUCCAAGCAUAUCACAGAAUCGUUGAAAAGAUGUGGCAUCUCUGAAAGCUCGACUUAUGUGCUUGCCGCUCGUUUUAAUGCUUCUUCUGAUGAGAUUGAACAGAAAGCAGUAGAGAAACUAAUCAAUGGAAAAGAGAUUGACUUGGAGGAGUUGGGAGGUAGAGCAGACCAAGCCCAAAUACAAAAGCACUAUAAGAUAACUAGCGUGGAACUAGGGAUAUCUUCUCUUGCUGAUGCCAUUACUUGCCGGAUUGCCUCUCGUGAUGCCCUGUGA